UCAAAAUAAAUAAUGUGUCAAAAUUUAUUGUCUUAAAUUAAAACCAUGAAUUUUCAACAGUUAAUGAACACAAGUAAAAAUAGUCUUAAAUUUUAUGUUCGCAUACUUCCAUCAGAAAAAUUUGAUUGGGAUUGUCUCAGAAUUGAAAUUGAAGAAAAAAUACUUUAUGUUCGGCACUCAUUAAAACCACCUCUAACAUUUAUAUGUUUCAAAACUGAUAGGAUCUUUUUGAACAGUUGCCAAAAUGAAGUGUAUUCAUCCAUCAUAAAUAAUCAUGUAUUUGGGCAAAUAUUCAAUGGAGUAGACCACACAGUAAUGAGUUACGGCCAAAACUAUUCUGGCAAAUCAUUCACCAUGUCUGGCCUUUAUAACCAGUAUGAAUUUCGGGGAAUAAUUCCUAGAUUUGUUAUAGACCUGUUUGAGUACUUGGAAACUAAACUUCAAGAUUACAUAGUGAAAGUAUAUCUAAGUGCGGUUGAUAUUUGUAAUGAUCAUGUGUAUGACUUGUUGUCUAAAAGAAAAGAGUGUUGCAAGGAAUUGAAGAAAGUGAGGGAAGUGCAAGUAUCAACAGGGUUAGAAUGUUUAGAACUGAUAUUUAAGUCAGAAGCAUGGAGAUUUAUUGUUAAAAACAAGACAUACAAUUCUCACUCUGGCACUAAUGUUGUCACAUUUAAGGUAACAUUUAUUUCAGCCAACUGCAAUGAACCAAUUGAUAAAACUAGCAAGAUACACUUUGUGGAUUUAGCUGGCGUGGAAACAAUAUCUAGAAAUCCCCUAACUUCAUUUAAGGAUCAGCAAACUCAAGGUGGUGCAAAUCUUACAAAAUCUUUGCUAGAAUCAUAUGCACUCCGAUCCAAAAACAGAGCUAAUCAAGUUAUCCUUAAGAAUGGGAAUCAAAACAUGCAUGUACUAACAAAAUAUUUAAAUAAGUCUUUUUCCACCACUUCAUGUAUCUCUUUGAUCUGCCACGUACGCCCAAAUCAUGAAGACAUAAUGAUAACUUUGUCUGCUUUGAAAUUUGGCAGGACUUUCCAAACAUUUCCACUUUUAAAACCAGAAGAACAUACAGAGAUUAAUUACGAUAUGACUAUUCAAAAAUUAAAACAAGAAGUACAGUCUCUAAAAGACGAGUUGGUAAUGAUAGAUACCAAAGAAAUUAAAAUCCCAAUUAAAUUAUGCCAAGAAAGGAUUGAUUUUGCAAAAAGAACAGUGUUCUCUUUUUUGAAUGGAGAACUUUCAGACAAUGACCUUCUUUCCCUUAUUGAAGACCCAAACUUAAUUUUAAAUCUUAUUAAAUCCAUUCACAACCAACCAGUGGUAGAGUCGUCAGUUUCCAUUCAGACAGAAUUCCCACUAAAUUUAGAGCUGACAGAUAUUAAGGUUGGCACAAAAGCAACUAUUGUCCAAGAGGAUAGACAAACAUCAUUAUUUAAAAGUCCGUCAGGUAAGGAACCUCCAAAGAAAAAAUCUGGAAACGUAAAGGAUACGUCUAAGUCUAAAUUGACUGAAAACAUGACUAAACAAUCAAAAGAAACUCAAGUAAAUCUCAUUGAGCCCAAUGUGACUCUACCCCACAUUCACAGUAGGGAAAGUUUAUGGGCAAUGUUUUUAAUCAAAAACCCCAGUAUUCAUGACAUGUUUGAAAAAUUAAAUGCUGAUGUUGCUGAAAAGAAUAUGAAAAUGAAUUGUGAAAUAUCAUUGUAUGAUAGUAUCAACCAAACCAUGAAUGAACACCAAUUGGUUUUACAUCAGCUGGUGACUUACGGACAUAAAGGGAACCAGGAAAAUAUUGAGAAAGGUUUUAGGAUGCCAGAAAAUGAAGCAUAUUUAGUACAAGAGUUGCAACUACUUCAAAGGGAUCUAGAAAAUAGUAAACAGAGAUUGAUUAAUUCCCAGUUUGACUGGCUGGAAACACUUGAGAAGCUAAGUAAGAGGAAAGAAAUCAUUGAAAUUGACUUUAAGCAAUUCUGUGUUGAAAAUAAUUAUGUUGCAAUUGAGAGUUAUGUGAAUGAGGAAGAAGUACAACAAAACCAGUCAAUAACAAAUGAAGACACCACAGACACAAACCUCAAAAAGUUUUACCAUUUCCUUCAAAAUAAGCAUCUUUAUAAAGUAGUUUUAAAAUAAUAUUGAUAUCAGUUA